GGCCGCAGCCUUCCCGCGGCAGGGAGAGCAGCUCCCCCCUCCGCGGAGCGCAGACUCCUAUUUUCCUCCUCGGGAGGGUGUCGCCACCUGGAUCGCCAAGUGUGAAGGGUCCGGGAGGCGGGGACCGGAGCACCGUGACCGACCAUGGCUCAAGCGGCCAAACAGCUAAAGAAAAUCAAAGACAUCGAGGCGCAGGCCCUCCAGGAGCAGAAGGAGAAGGAGGAAUCCAACAGGAAGCGGAGGAACCGCUCCCGUGACCGAAAGAAGAAGGCAGAUGCUGCUACCAGCUUCCUGAGGGCAGCACGAUCAGGUAACUUGGACAAAGCUUUGGAUCACCUGCGGAAUGGGGUAGACAUUAACACCUGUAACCAGAAUGGGUUGAACGGCUUGCAUCUGGCCUCCAAGGAAGGCCACGUGAAGAUGGUGGUUGAACUUCUGCACAAAGAGAUCAUCUUGGAAACAACAACCAAGAAGGGGAACACGGCGCUGCACAUCGCCGCCCUCGCAGGGCAGGACGAGGUGGUGCGGGAGCUCGUCAACUAUGGCGCCAAUGUCAACGCCCAGUCGCAGAAAGGCUUCACACCUCUGUACAUGGCAGCACAAGAGAAUCACUUGGAGGUGGUUAAGUUCUUACUGGAAAAUGGAGCUAAUCAGAAUGUGGCCACAGAAGACGGCUUCACCCCUCUGGCCGUGGCCUUGCAGCAGGGCCACGAGAACGUGGUGGCCCACCUCAUCAAUUACGGGACGAAGGGGAAGGUACGCCUCCCGGCCCUGCACAUCGCAGCCCGCAAUGACGACACGAGGACGGCCGCGGUGCUGCUGCAGAAUGACCCCAACCCUGAUGUGCUUUCCAAGACGGGAUUCACCCCCCUCCACAUCGCAGCUCAUUACGAGAACCUCAAUGUGGCCCAGCUUCUCCUCAACCGGGGAGCCAGCGUCAACUUCACGCCCCAGAACGGCAUCACGCCGCUGCACAUCGCCUCCCGCAGGGGGAACGUGAUUAUGGUGCGGCUCCUGCUGGACCGCGGGGCCCAGAUAGAAACAAGGACCAAGGAUGAAUUGACACCUCUCCACUGUGCAGCUCGGAAUGGGCACCUGCGAAUCUCAGAGAUCCUACUGGACCACGGGGCACCCAUCCAAGCCAAAACCAAGAACGGCUUGUCCCCAAUCCACAUGGCGGCUCAGGGAGACCACCUCGACUGUGUCCGACUCCUAUUGCAAUACAACGCAGAGAUAGAUGAUAUCACGCUGGACCACCUGACCCCACUCCACGUGGCAGCCCACUGCGGCCACCACAGGGUGGCCAAGGUCCUCUUGGAUAAAGGGGCCAAACCAAACUCCAGAGCCCUGAAUGGCUUUACCCCCCUACACAUCGCCUGCAAGAAGAACCACAUUCGAGUCAUGGAGCUGCUGCUGAAGACGGGCGCCUCCAUCGACGCUGUCACUGAGUCUGGCCUGACGCCUCUCCAUGUGGCCUCCUUCAUGGGGCACCUGCCCAUCGUGAAGAACCUGCUGCAGCGGGAUGCUUCGCCCAAUGUCUCCAACGUGAAAGUGGAGACCCCGCUACACAUGGCAGCCCGAGCAGGGCACACAGAAGUGGCCAAAUAUUUGCUCCAGAACAAAGCCAAAGUCAAUGCCAAAGCCAAGGAUGACCAGACCCCACUUCACUGUGCAGCUCGCAUCGGCCACACAAACAUGGUGAAGCUCCUGCUGGAAAAUAACGCCAACCCCAACCUGGCCACCACUGCUGGGCACACCCCCCUGCACAUCGCGGCCCGAGAGGGCCACGUGGAAACAGCGCUGGCCCUUCUGGAAAAGGGGGCAUCCCAGGCGUGCAUGACCAAGAAAGGAUUUACCCCUCUCCAUGUGGCGGCCAAGUAUGGGAAGGUGCGGGUGGCCGAGCUGCUGCUGGAGCACGACGCACACCCGAAUGCUGCAGGGAAGAAUGGCUUGACGCCCCUGCAUGUGGCCGUUCAUCACAACCACCUGGACAUCGUCAAGCUGCUGCUGCCCCGGGGCGGCUCUCCGCACAGCCCAGCCUGGAAUGGCUACACUCCCCUGCACAUCGCCGCCAAGCAAAACCAGAUGGAGGUGGCCCGCAGCCUGCUGCAGUACGGGGGCUCGGCCAAUGCUGAGUCGGUGCAGGGCGUGACACCUCUCCACCUGGCAGCCCAGGAGGGUCACGCCGAGAUGGUGGCCCUGCUGCUGUCUAAACAGGCCAACGGCAACCUGGGCAACAAGAGUGGACUCACUCCCCUCCAUCUGGUCGCACAGGAAGGCCACGUUCCAGUGGCCGACGUGCUGAUCAAACAUGGUGUCACGGUGGAUGCCACCACCCGGAUGGGUUACACUCCACUCCACGUGGCCAGUCACUAUGGGAAUAUCAAGCUGGUGAAGUUCCUGCUACAGCACCAGGCAGACGUCAAUGCCAAGACUAAGCUUGGAUAUAGCCCUUUGCAUCAGGCAGCUCAACAAGGCCAUACGGACAUUGUGACACUGCUUCUCAAAAACGGUGCUUCCCCAAACGAGGUCAGCUCGAAUGGAACCACGCCACUGGCCAUAGCCAAGCGCCUGGGCUACAUUUCUGUAACAGACGUGCUCAAGGUUGUGACCGACGAAACCAGUGUUGUGUUGAUCAGUGACAAGCACCGGAUGAGCUUCCCUGAGACGGUGGAUGAGAUCCUGGAUGUCUCUGAAGAUGAAGGGGAAGAACUUGUGGGCCUCAAGGCCGAGAAGGACUCCAGAGAUGUAGACGAAGAGAAGGAGCUGCUGGACUUUGUGCCGAAGCUGGACCAAGUGGUGGAAUCCCCGGCCAUCCCACGGAUUCCUUGUGUCACACCUGAGACAGUGGUGAUCAGAUCUGAAGAGCCAGAACAGGCAUUAAAAGAGUACGAUGAAGACUCUCUCAUCCCCAGCAGCCCGGCCACAGAGACCUCAGACAAUAUCAGCCCGGUGGCCAGCCCCGUGCACACAGGGUUCCUGGUGAGCUUCAUGGUGGAUGCUCGCGGGGGCUCCAUGCGCGGCAGCCGGCACAACGGCCUGAGGGUGGUGGUCCCACCCCGGACGUGCGCAGCGCCCACCCGCAUCACCUGCCGCCUGGUGAAGCCUCAGAAGCUGACCACGCCGCCCCCACUGGCCGAGGAGGAGGGCCUGGCCAGCAGGGUCAUCGCCCUGGGACCCACGGGAGUCCAGUUCUUGAGCCCUGUGAUUGUGGAGAUCCCCCACUUUGCCUCCUAUGGCCGCGGGGACCGAGAGCUUGUGGUGCUUCGGAGUGAAAACGGCUCUGUGUGGAAGGAACAUAAGAGCCGCUAUGGAGAAAGCUACCUGGAUCAGAUCCUCAAUGGGCUGGAUGAAGAGCUGGGGAGCCUGGAGGAACUGGAGAAGAAGCGGGUCUGUCGCAUCAUCACCACCGACUUCCCCUUGUACUUCGUGAUCAUGUCGCGGCUCUGCCAGGACUAUGACACCAUCGGCCCGGAGGGGGGCUUUCUGAAGAGCAAGCUGGUCCCCUUGGUGCAAGCCACCUUCCCAGAAAAUGCUGUCACCAAGAGAGUGAAGCUGGCGCUGCAGGCCCAGCCUGUACCAGAUGAUCUGGUCACCAAACUCCUGGGCAAUCAGGCCACGUUCAGCCCCAUUGUCACCGUGGAGCCUCGGCGCCGCAAGUUCCACCGUCCCAUUGGGCUCCGGAUCCCACUCCCUCCCUCCUGGACAGACAACCCGAGGGACAGUGGGGAGGGAGACACCACCAGCCUGAGGUUGCUGUGCAGUGUCAUUGGAGGGACAGACCAGGCCCAGUGGGAGGACAUCACAGGAACCACCAAGCUUGUGUACGCCAACGAGUGUGCCACCUUCACCACCAAUGUCUCUGCCAGGUUCUGGCUGUCGGACUGCCCUCGGACGGCCGAAGCCGUGAACUUCGCCACCCUGCUGUACAAGGAGCUCACCGCGGUGCCCUACAUGGCCAAGUUUGUCAUUUUUGCCAAGAUGAACGACCCCCGCGAAGGGCGUCUGCGCUGCUACUGCAUGACGGAUGACAAGGUGGACAAGACUCUGGAGCAGCACGAGAACUUCGUGGAGGUGGCCCGGAGCCGGGACAUAGAGGUUCUGGAAGGGAUGCCCCUCUUUGCAGAGCUCUCGGGAAACCUGGUGCCCGUCAAAAAGGCUGCACAGCAGCGGAGCUUCCUCUUCCAGUCGUUCCGGGAGAACCGGCUGGCCAUCCCUGUCAAGGUCAGGGACAGCAGUCGAGAACCGGGAGGGUCCUUGUUGUUCCUGCGCAAGGCGAUGAAGUACGAGGACACGCAGCAUAUCCUCUGUCACCUGAACAUCACCAUGCCACCCUGCACCAAGGGCAGUGGAGCCGAGGACCGGAGGAGGACCCUGACACCACUGGCCCUGAGAUACAGCAUCCUCAGCGAGGCCACUGAGUGAAAUGCACUGCUUCCCCCCACAGGCUCCCUGAGCGGCACAGAGGGGCCAGACAAGAUGGCUGUUAUAGCAGAGCACCUGGGCCUCAGCUGGGCCGAGCUGGCCCGGGAGCUGCAGUUCAGUGUGGAAGACAUCAACAGGAUCCGCGUGGAGAACCCCAACUCCUUGCUGGAGCAGAGUGCAGCCUUGUUGAAUUUGUGGCUCACCCGUGAAGGCAAAGAUGCAAAAAUGGACAACCUGUACGCAGCCCUGCGCAACAUCGAACGCGGUGAGAUCGUGAACAUGCUGGAGAACUCCGGCAGACAGAGCCGCAGCCUGAAACCCUACUCAUCGUCCCCCUCCCAGAUGAAUGGUUACUCCUCGCUGCAGGACGAGCUGCUGUCCCCCGCCUCCCUGCACUACGCGCUUCCCUCUCCGCUGCGCGCAGACCAGUACUGGAACGAGGUGGCCGUCAUAGACGAUCCCCUGGCGGGCACGGAGCAUGACGCCAUGCUGGAGAUGUCUGACAUGCAGGUGUGGUCCGCGGGCCUCACGCCCUCCCUGGUCACUGCUGAGGACUCCUCUCUGGAGUGCAGCAAGGCCGAGGACUCGGACGCCACCGGCCACGAGUGGAAGCUGGAGGGGGCGCUCUCCGAGGGACCCCAGGGCCCCACGCUGGGCUCUCUGGACCUCGUGGAGGACGACACAGUGGAUUCAGAUGCCACAAAUGGCCUUAUCGAUUUGCUUGACCAGGAGGAAGGUCAGAGGUCAGAAGAGAAGCUGCCAGGUCAUGAGAGGCAGGAGGACUCGCCAGGUGCAGGGCAGGACUCAGAGAAUGAAGUGUCUCUUGUUUCAGGCCAGCAGAGGGUACAAGCCCGCAUCACAGAAUCCUCCAGCGUGAGUCGGGUGACGGAGUCCAGCCGGGACAGGCUGCAGGCGUGGGAUGCAGAAGGCUCCAUCGUCUCCUACCUGCAAGAGGUGACUCAGGGUUCCUGGCCAGAGGAGAGAACGGUCCACACCAUCAGAGACCUGGAGCCCAGCGGGUCCCGGGAAUCCGAGGAGGUCCUGGGGUCUGCGGCCGAGCACUUGGAGGCCGGCAGGGAACAGAGACUUCGAGGCUCCCAAGAAUGGAUGCCAGAGGCUGACAGCACCUUCUCCUUCCAGGUAAAGGGGAAUGAGUUUCUUCAGAAUAUUCCAGGGGAGCAGGUGUCAGAGGAGCAUUACACGGAUGAGCAGGGCAAUGUCGUCACCAGGAAGGUCAUCCGCAAAGUUGUUCGCCAGAUAGACCCGUCCGGAGCCGAUGACACCCAGGAGCACGAGGAGGUGAUUUCUGAGGGGCCCCUGGAGGACCCUCAUGAGCUGGAGGCUGAUAUUGAUUACUUUGUCACACCUGCCAAGGAUCACACGUCGACACCCAACCCUUGAACUCCACACACUCUGCCACGCACCCAGGAGGAGAGCUGGCCCGGAGGCCCCGGAAGCAGCACACACGUCCCCCCGGAGGCUGACGGCAUGACCUCUGUAAGGGACUUCCUUUAGUCACCUACUCGCAUGAAGGACUGACUGUAGACGCAUGACCUGCAGUCCUCAAUCCUGCCUCUAGGACUGUGGAGCUCUGUUGGGAAUCAGGACAGGAUGAAGCCGCCCGAGCAGAGAGAGAGAGAGAGGGACGCGAGGGCGCAGGAGAGCGCUGAGCGCAACAGCAAACAAGGGCUCUUUUGUGGCUGGGAUGAGAUAUUUUUUUAAAUCAUUUCAAUUUCGACGUGUUACAGGGUACUUUUUUUUCAACCUCAUCUGUAGGAAAUCCAUGUGAGCUUCCUGGAAAGGAAAAAACAAAAAAAAAAAAAAAAAA